AUGUCCGGCCCGGUUCACACUUACGGCCCAACAUGCCAUCGAUCGACGCCGAAGCAGGAUCUCGUCGCUCUUCAAUCCUCGCCCAAUCCGCCUCAAGUCAAUGCUCAAUUCUUUUACACGUCUUCUCUUCCGAUCGAUGACCCAUUGACUCCUCUUCCGGCGGCUACGACUUCGACAGUUUCGAGAACAGCCUCUUCCCCGCAACCUUUUUCAGCGCGAGAUAAUAUUGCUUUGGAACAAGCAUGGAGAGCACUUGCGGACGCUUCAUCCCAGGAAGUAGGGACCGGAAAAGAUAAAACGAGUGAUCUAGGCACGGGUUCUAGACAAGGUGGCAUCUUGGGCGAUGCUAGUGUUCCUGGUGGCAUGCCGAUGAAGAGAUCGGAACAGUUCAGCCGACUGGAUAGAUCCGGCCCGUCGACUUGGCCUAAGAAGAGAGAUACAUCUCCGUUGGGACGGAUAUUCAAGUCGGUCAAGAGGAAUAGCAUUUCAUUCCCUGGUUCUGAAGAUCAGGCUUCUAGCUCAGUGGGAGCCUCAUCUUCGCGUGGUCAGGAGGAAUUUGAAAAUGUUGAGCAUGUCGAAAGCAUGGAUUUCGGUACUGGAAAUAGUGAGACGACAGCUUCUGAAACAGAUGAAGCAGUCACACAAAAUGCAACUGUUAAUGAACCGGAUACUGAAUCAUCACCCGACGGUCCGGAGGAUCGCUCAGCGAGAUACAAGAUUCCAGUAGGAGUUUCGCGUCUUCAUUUAGUAGAGCUUCCGGGAUUAAAGAUGAAACCAAUCUAUUGGAGCCCGCUUCAUGACAUAUCAGACGUCCUUCGUGCUACUUGGUUCUAUAAAAACACAAUGCUUCCAAUUGAGCCACAUCUUGCCAACGAACUUGAAAAAGGUUAUCAGUACAUGCGUGCUUGGACAGAUACUUGGCAAGAUGAACUCAACAGCUGCGUCGAACAUGGAGCAGAUGCUGAGAUGAAGGUUGUAUACAAGUUGUGGCAGGAUGAUUUAAUUCCAAGUCGGCCAGAGACUGCGCAAGGUAAAAUGUCCACAGACGUCUCCAUAGGCGAUGCAGAUGUCGAAACUGAAGAAGUCACAUUUGCACAAAACCUAGCAGCUAGCGGAGGCACGAAAACAACCGACCCAGGUUCCUACAAAAAUGCCAGUGUUAUCUACGUUGACGGUAAAGACGCUCAAAUCCUUCGCCCAAGUCUUCUGCCCUCGGUCUCUAGAAAUCGUCGACCGCUUAGCUCUAUUCGCAAAGGACGCCAGAUUGGCAUUCCUGUGGUUCGUGGAUUCGAUAGAAAGCAAUGGGAUCAACUCCAUCCAGUCAAGCAAACAAAUAUUGACAUGAGGCAUUACUUGACGCGUCCUCAGACAAGAUAUACCAGAGGCGAACAAAUUUGCUAUGCUUGCGAUAUUGAGGGAAGUCGGCCCAACCCAUCGGACUUGAUUCUUGUUAUUCAUGGAAUUGGACAAAAACUCUCCGAAAAGAUGGAAAGCUAUCAUUUCACUCACGCGAUCAAUGCGUUCCGGAGAUCCGUUAACAUGGAACUUAAUAAUGAAGAGAUCUGGCCAUGUAUUCGACCUGAUCAUGGAGGUAUCAUGGUGUUGCCUGUUAAUUGGCGGUCGACAUUGGAACUUGCAGAUGCUGAGAUAGACUCGUUGGAUGUAAAUGACCCUACUGCAAACCACUACACACUCGAUGAUCUCACACCAAAGACGAUUCCCGCGAUUCGCACAAUUGUCAGUGAUGUCAUGUUAGAUGUGCCUUACUACCUAUCUCACCACAAAGAGAAAAUGAUUCGAGCUGUGGUGAGGGAAGCAAAUCGUGUGUAUAGGCUGUGGUGUAUGAACAAUUCUGGAUUUCACGAGCAUGGCAGAGUGCAUAUACUGGCCCACUCUUUGGGGAGUGUCAUGGCACUCGAUGUAUUAAGUAACCAGCCUACCAGCCCUCCUAGUUUCGACUUGCAGUCGGCUGAAUUGCAUGAUGAUAUCCUUGAAUUCGACCCGAAGAACGUUUUUCUCUGUGGAAGUCCUGUGGGAUUGUUUCUGCUUCUCAAUAAAGCGAACUUGCUCCCACGGCGAGGCAGAAACAAACCCGGAAGGGAAGGCGAGGAUAUGGAGAGAGGUGUUGCAGGGGAGGCCAAGAAAUAUGGUUGUCUAGCACUAGACAAUCUCUAUAACAUUAUGCACACUACAGAUCCUAUCGCAUACCAAGUCAAUGCAGCAGUAGACAGUGACCUAGCCGCCUCUCUCAAACCAGCCGUCAUUCCCAGCUCCUCAUCAUCCUUCUUCUCUUCAAUAUUCGGUUUUAGCUCCAACAAAUCUAUGACUGCGGCCGGUCUAUCAAGCACAAUGCUUCCCUCACGACCCGCAGCCGUCACAAAACUACCAUCCAACGUCGAACUCGAAACCCACGACUUCACACGUGAGGAGAUUGCAGAAAAGCGUAUGCAGCUUUUGAACGACAAUGGUCAAAUCGAUUAUUUUAUAUCUGGCGGUGGGGGACCGCUAAAUAUUGAAUAUUUGAAUAUGUUGAGUGCUCAUAGCAGUUAUUGGAUUCUACCGGAUUUUGUGAGGUUUCUUGUUGUUGAGAUUGCGCGACGUCAGGAUAAAGAGGGGACAUUGUCAGUGUUGAGAGCUGAGAAGAAGAAGGGUUGGAAGACUUAG